UUUUGGCCAUUCCGUAUUGUAGGUGGUUCUAAAUCAAAACAAUCUUUUAAAUAGGACGGAGGAGACGUGGAAGACCACCAAAAAACCUGAUUUUUGGGGGUAGAAGGAAGGAAAAUGAACCUUGCGAAUUCUGCUUUCUGACUCAGUAGUAGCCCCACACUGUCCACCAAAUUUCAUAACAUUUUUUGAAGUAUCCUGACUGAUACAAGAAAUGGCUGCAAAAAUGAACUGGAAUGAAUGGGAGUGGACAUCCCCAGAAAAAUCCCUCGAAGGGAUUAAGAUGCUUAUUAAAGCUGUGCCAGAUUUUCCUAAAAAAGGGAUUUUAUUCAGGGAUAUUAUGCCCAUCUUUCAAGUUCCACAAGCUGUGACUGCUAUUGUUGAUCUCAUGACUGCAUAUAUUGAAGUACAUUUUGGAGAAGUGAAUGCCAUUGCAGGUCUUGAUGCUAGAGGGUUUUUGAUUGGUCCUAGUAUUGCUGUUAAUUUGAAUAAGCCGUUUAUUCCUGUGCGGAAACAGGGAAAAUUACCUGGAAAAUGUUAUAGCGUAGAAUCCACUAAAGAAUAUGGAAAGGAUGUUUUAGAAGUACAAGUUGAUGGUUUAUCAAAAGGCCAAAAAGUUGUUAUCGUCGACGACCUUCUAGCCACUGGUGGUACAAUGCAGUCUACAUGUCAACUUGUGACGUUAGCUGGAGCGACAGUGGCUGGUUGUAUAUCUAUUGUCGAGUUGAAGGAGUUGAAUGGUCGAAGCAAAGUAGAUCAGUAUCCAUACCAUGCAUUUAUAACGUACUAAGUAAUAGACCGCGUGCAAACAUAAAAGAAUCUUGUAAUAUAUAUAUAUUUACUAACGUUUUUCAUUUUAAUGUAGUAUUUUAUUCAAUGUAACGACGACAUAUAGUUGCGUGGUA